UCACUAAAAUUAUGAAAUAUUAGUUCAUCCCUGUGCUGUUAAAAGGGGCAAAAAAAAAGGAAAAGGACAAUGGAACCCUAAUCUAAGACGACAGGAAAAAAAAAAAGAAAAAAGAAGAGAAAAAAAGAAAAAAUCGGAAUGCUAAUAAUAGUAGUACUAGAGAACCAUCUAUGUUUGCUGUCAAGUUUACACCUUAUUUCAUUAACACCAGGACCGAACAGGAAAAAAAUAUCCCUCACAUCUUUCCUUCACUUUCCCUCAAACCAAACAGAAAAGUAAAAACCCUACAUAACCCUCUACUCUCCCAAUUCGAAACACUACCUUUCUCACUUUCGCUAUUUUCUUUUCCCAAUGCAUAAUAAUAAUUAUGAUUAUGAUUUCCCAACCGGAACUCCACCUCCUCUCUAUCAAACCCUGUCUCCACUCUCUCUACCCACUCCUGAUCAAUCCCCACGGUCGGAUGAUGAUGGUGAUCAUCGUCAUCCCAAUCCCUUCUCUGUUUUUCGCAACGAGAUUUCUCUCUCAACUGCUAAUUCCUCUGCUAUAGAAUCUGUCGCGCCUGAUUUUUUCUCGCUUGAUGUUGUUGAAGCAGCAGCUGAGCCGAAGACGCCCAGCGUAGUAGCUGAGCCUCGGAAAUCUAAGGCGGCACAGAGUGUCUCGGAGACGAAGUUGGAGAGUAGCUGGUUUAGAGGGAAUAGUAGGUUUAGAAGUCCUAUGCUUCAAUUACAUAAAGAGAUAGUAGAUUUCUGUGAUUUUCUCUCUCCUACACCAGAGGAAGAAGAUGCCCGGAACACAGCAGUAAAAUGUGUUUUUGAUGUUAUAAAAUAUAUAUGGCCUAAUUGCAAGGUAGAAGUUUUUGGUUCGUACAAAACAGGACUUUAUCUUCCAACGAGUGAUAUUGAUGUGGUGAUAUUUCGGUCAGGUAUAAAAAACCCACAAAUUGGUUUGCAGGCUCUUUCUAGAGCACUGUCUCAAAAGGGCAUUGCAAAGAAAAUACAGGUGAUUGCAAAGGCUCGUGUGCCAAUUGUCAAAUUUGUAGAAAAACGAAGUGGUGUAUCAUUUGAUAUAAGUUUUGAUGUCGACAAUGGACCAAAGGCUGCUGAAUUUAUUAAGGAUGCAGUGCGCAAAUGGCCUGCCUUGCGACCAUUAUCGUUGAUCUUGAAAGUGUUCUUGCAACAGAGGGAACUCAAUGAGGUAUACUCUGGCGGGAUAGGUUCUUAUGCGCUACUUACGAUGCUCAUGGCAGUGUUAAAGAAUCGGAGGGAGUGCCAGGCUUCGUCAGAGCAUAAUUUGGGAGUCCUUCUGGUAUACUUUUUUGACUUUUACGGACGCAAAUUGAACACCACAGAUGUUGGUGUAUCUUGCAAAGGGGCAGGCACCUUCUUUUCAAAGCGUAAGAAAGGGUUUAUGAACAAGGGACGGCCAUUUCUCAUUGCUAUUGAGGAUCCACAGGCGCCAGAUAAUGACAUUGGUAAGAACUCAUUCAACUAUUCCCAGAUCAGGUCAGCUUUUUCAAUGGCAUUUUCCACCUUGACAAAUCCAAGGACCAUCUUAAGCUUAGGGCCAAACAGGAGCAUUCUUGGUACCAUAAUUAGACCCGAUUCUAUUUUGCUGGAGCGUAAAGCAGGGUGCAACGGGGAGGUGACUUUCAGUAGCCUGCUACCUGGAGCUGGGGAGCUAAUCCAGUCACAUUAUGACCACCAGGAGAUUUUGGGUAACUGGCAGUUAGAUGAUGAUGAAGAAGUGUUGCCACGGGGAGGUGGCAUUGCUGAAGAUAGUGGUGCACAGUCCUCUGGGAAGAAAAGGAAAUCUUCUAAGGACAAGUCUACUAAGAGAGAAGAAAACGGCAGUAUUGGGAAGGUCAGUCAUGAGGAAUCUGGCUCAAGAAAAGACAGGAAAAAACAACGCUGGAGACAUAACCGUGAUGAUGUCAAUGGGUUUGCUAUUGAUGUUGGUGGAUCUUCAUGGAGUUGUUAAGAUUAUAUUGCGCUGCAAUUAUCUUCAGCGUGUACCAGGAGAAACUUAAUCACUUUUCACUAAUGUGGCUUUUUAGUUCUGCCCUAUAGAAGGUUUUCCUACAAUCACUCCAAUCAUUGACCAUUCACAGAUCGAGCUUCCAGCUAAUGGCAUAGUGAAUCACUUCAGUGAUAACGUUUUUCAUCUUCUGUAGAUAAAACCGUGAGAGGGCAGGAUACUAGGAAGGUUUGGAGCCUGGAAUUAGUUGCAUGAAGUCAACUUAUUUUGGCUUGGAGAGAUUUUGGGCAUUGAGCUAGCAUAUAGGACAAUUUGAAGGACGAACGAUUAGCAGCGAGCGAUUUUUGUUGUACCAAAUAACAUUCAGAUAAAUGUAAUACCAUUUAAUUUAUUAAUUAUUUGUCAAA